AUGUUUAUUUGUGUUGCUCUCCUCCCACAGGCGUACAGAGGCAGCGUUAGACCUUUCGUCAACUUCAACGCUAAACAUGAUGCUGAAAUCCUCCAUAAAGCCAUGAAAGGAAUCGGUACGGAUGAAGAUGCGAUCCUCAUGCUUCUGACAGCCCGCAGCAACGAUCAGCGCCAGCAAAUUAAAGCAGCGUAUAAAAAGGCCUACGGAAAGGACUUGGUCAGCGCACUGAAAUCAGAGCUUGGUGGGCUCUUUGAGACUCUGAUUGUGGCCCUGAUGACCCCGCCUGCCUCAUAUGAUGCGUCCCAACUGCACAAGGCUAUUAAGGGCGCCGGGACUGAUGACGAUGUGCUGAUUGAGAUCCUGGCCUCCAGGACUGGAGAGCAGAUUAAAGAUAUCAUUAAAGUCUACAAGAAAGAGUUCAGCAGCAAGCUGGAGAAAGACAUCUGCGGUGACACCUCAGGACACUAUCAGAAACUACUGGUGAUCCUUCUACAGGGGAGCAGAGAGGAGGGAGUAGACGAGGAAAAGAUAGAGAAAGAUGCUACGGACUUGUACGCUGCUGGUGAGGGCAAGGUUGGCACAGAUGAGGAAAAAAUCAUCACAAUUCUUGGCAACAGGAGCGUAGAGCACCUCAGAAAAGUGUUUGAUGCCUACAAGAAGCUCUCUGGCUCUGACUUAGAGGACAGCAUUGAAGGGGAGACCACUGGGAAUUUGGAGAACUUACUGCUAGCUGUUGUGAAAUGUGCCAGAAGUGUCCCCGAUUUUUUUGCUGAAUGUCUGUAUAAAUCUAUGAGGCGCGCUGGAACCGACGACAGCACCCUAAUGAGGAUAAUGGUGUCCAGGAGCGAGGCGGACAUGUUGGACAUCAGGGCGAGCUUCAAAAAGAAGUAUGGAGCGUCUCUUUACACCACCAUCCAGGAGGACACAAACGGAGACUACCAGAAGGCUUUGCUCUACCUCUGCGGUGGGAAUGAUUAA